GGCAAGGGCGGAAAGGGCCUCGGCAAGGGCGGCGCCAAGCGCCACCGCAAGAUUCUGCGUGACAACAUCCAGGGCAUCACCAAGCCCGCCAUCCGCCGUCUGGCUCGCCGUGGCGGUGUCAAGCGUAUCUCUGCCAUGAUCUACGAAGAGACCCGCGGUGUCCUCAAGUCCUUCCUCGAGGGCGUCAUCCGGGACGCCGUCACCUACACCGAGCACGCCAAGCGCAAGACGGUCACGUCGCUCGACGUCGUCUACGCCCUCAAGCGCCAGGGCCGCACCCUCUACGGCUUCGGUGGCUAA